AUGGAGGGCGCCCAAACCUUGCUGAGCAACGCCGGGCAGCUGCUGAGUUCAGAGUACCAGCAGCUCAGUGGCGUCGGCGGCCAAGCUGUUGAGCUGCGGGACGAGCUAGACGCCAUCAAUGCUCUCCUCAUCAUGCAGUCCGAGGCAGAGGAUCUGGCCGUGGACCGCUUCCUGCAGGUGUGCAUGAGGCAGCUGGGCGAGGUUGCCUACGACGCGGAGGACUGCAUCGACCUUUACACCCUGCGCAUCAGGUCCCGGCCCACCGACGGCGUGCGCGCCUGGCUGGGACGCCUGCUCGGGACGCUCCCGUCUCGCCGCCGCCUCGCCUGUGAGAUCAGAGCCCUUCGCGCCCGCACCCUCGCCAUCAGCGAGCGCCAGGUGCGGUUCGGCGUCAACCGUGACGCGCUGCGCCGCUCCCCUCCUCUGCUACCCGCCCCCAUGACAGUGUCCGCUCCAGCUAACGACGCCGACCGCCGCCACCGACUGGUCGGCAUCGCGGAGCUGGCUGAUAAACUGGCUGCACGGCUGAAGGCGCCGGUUGGCGACGAGGGUGAAUGCAAGGCCGUUUUCUCCAUCGUGGGGUUCGGCGGCCUUGGCAAGACGACGCUGGCCAUGGAGGUGUGCCGGCGGCUAGAAGCGGAGUUCCCGUGGCAGGGGAUGGUGUCCGUGUCUCAGGCGUUCGAGCCGAGCAGGGACCUCAAGGUGUUGCUCACGAACCUUCUUCGGCAGGUCGUGAAGCCCGAAACAGCUGACGACAGGGGCAUCAAGGAAGAGGCUGCCCUGGGUGCAAUCGACGACCUGGAUGACAACGGGCUAGCCAAAAGACUCGAGGAGCUUCUCGUGGACAAAAGGUACCUCAUAGUGAUUGACGAUGUUUGGAGUGUGCGAGCAUGGGAGGCAAUCCAAUCCAAGCUACCGGAGAACAACAAGGGCAGUAGAAUCAUCUUGACCACUCGGAUAGAUACAGUGGCCAAUGCAUGCAGUCCUGCUAGUUUUAGUGGCAUUUGCAUUCAUAAAAUGCAACCGCUCAAGCAUGAAGAGUCCAAGAAGUUGUUCCUCAGCAGAGUGUUUGGCUCCACGGAUGCCUCCUACCCCAAGGAGUUUGAAGGUGUAAUGGCCGACAUCUUGAAAAAAUGCGGUGGCCUGCCAUUGGCCAUUAUCAGCAUUGCUAGUGUUUUGGUAGGGUACAAAUCACCAGGAGGCAAAGAUAAGUGGGAUAGAGUCUGCAAAUCACUUGGUUCUCAAAUGGAGAUCCACCCUACCCUUGAGGGGAUGAAGCAUAUAGUCACACUUAGCUACAAUCACCUCCCACAUGAGCUCAAGGGUUGCAUGAUGUACUUUAGCAUUUUUCCAGAGGACUAUGUGAUCAGAAAGGGCCAACUAUUGAACAGAUGGAUGGCUGAAGGAUUGGUUCAUCAAAAGCGGGGGUUGACUAUGUGGGAGGUCGCAGAGUCUUACUUGGACGAACUCUUGAGUAGGAACAUGAUUGAAGAAGCAGGGCAUUCGGGUGGUUAUGCCUGGAUGGAGCAAACAUACAGGGUGCGUGACAUGCUUCUUGAGGUCAUGGUGUCCAAGUCCUUGGAAGCUAACUUUCUUAGCCUGCAUGGAGGGCAGUAUAAGGGGAUGUUGUAUGACAAGAUCCGUCUCCUCUCCAUCCAUGCUGACGUAUAA